GGCGGCGGGCGGGCUCUAUGGCGGCGGCGGAGGCUGCGCACACGUGGCCCCUCCUCCCUCGGGCUGCGGGCGCGGCGGGUGCGCGAACGGCACCGGCACCGGCACCGGCAUGGGCGUGCAUGUGGAGACCAUCGCCCCCGGCGACGGGCGGACGUUCCCCAAGCGCGGCCAGACCUGCGUGGUGCAUUACACGGGUAUGCUGGAGGAUGGGAAGAAGUUUGAUUCCUCCCGUGACAGGAACAAACCCUUCAAGUUCGUGAUGGGCAAGCAGGAGGUGAUCCGUGGCUGGGAGGAAGGAGUUGCUCAGAUGAGUGUUGGGCAACGGGCAAAGAUGACCAUCUCUCCAGAUUAUGCCUAUGGCUCUACUGGCCACCCAGGGAUCAUCCCCCCAAACGCCACUCUAAUUUUUGACGUGGAGCUCAUGAAAUUGGAAUGAGCUCCCCCAGCACCCGGCCUCGGGUUUGGCACAUGGAGGAACCCAGAAUCUCAGCUUCAAGAAGAGUGCACAUGACUUUGUAUGGAGCUUUUCCUGAUAGUCCACUACACUCAUUGUAUAACCUUACACCUUGAUUGAAUGCCUUUGGUCACUAAGCUUUGCGUCUGACUCUUCCUCCUUGUAUCGUGUUUUUAUGUCUUUUUAAACUGUAUGCCAUAAACCUCAACUCUUUUUGGGUCAAACUCUUAAUCUUAUUUUUUUGUUCCAGAUGUAGAUUAUGUUUUACCAGUAGCACGCAGAUGGGCUGACCUUAGCUAGGUAGUCAUUUGAACAAAAGGAAACCUCUUAGUUACUCCUUUUGGUGCCAGAUCUCUUAAUGGUGGUUUUUGGUUUUUUUCUUUUUUCAAACCCAGAAAUUAUUGCUGCUGCUGUAAAAGCCAUAGCAGAGUGAGGCUGUCGAGGCUGGAUGGAUGCAGAGAGCAAAGUAGCACUAGGACUGUGUGUGUAGGAACCCUGCCUGGAUCUGGGGUGGGGAGGGAACAGCGUGGCCUUGCCCAGGAGCACCCCAGGAAGGUUGCAGCAUCCCUGUGGGCACCGUGGGUUUGCUCCUGGGCAGGGGGUGCUGCUCUGCCCCUGCUUCACUCUGCCACCUCACGGUGGACCUUCCCUCCCUCCCCUCCCCAGCCUGCUUUUGGGUUGAUGGGGAUUUGUUUGGGUUUCCAUCAGAGCUGCACCACACCCUGAGCAUUCGGUUGUUGACUUCUUGGAAGGCAAACAGCAGACAAACAGAAGGUGCUGUCUAGAGGGGAAGUGGUGGGGCUGGUGGGGUCAGCUCAAAGGAAACACCCCCGUCCCCCUCCCAUCCCCCUGGGAAAGGAAACAUCAGACCUGAGUUGAGGUCUGAGCACACCCAAGUGUUCUCUCCUGACACCUGAUGCUGGUCAUCACUGCUUGUCUGGGCUCAUAGGAUGCAUCGCUGCCCCCGCUGCUGUCCUCUCUGCCCCCUCCCUCUCCCUGCUAGCGAGUUGGUAAGAGAAACUGCCACCCCUCACUUCCUUCUCCACUGCAUAAAGGUAUCAAGUUUUAUUAUUGCAAUAAAAAACCGCUUUAUGCUGGCUUUUCU